UCUUCCUUGAGCCAUUUUCUUCCCCUGCUGCCCACCUCCGCAAUAACUCCACAUGCCUUACUAAAUUAAUUAAUCGCCAAACACCGAGUGAACCACGCCACCACACGCAGCAGUAGCGGCAGCAAGGAAGCCGAGCCAAGAAAACGCCUCCACCACCAACCCUUUCUUCCUUGCUUUCCCUCUCCUACAAGACCCCCCCCCCACCCGACUGUGACCGUGUGACCGCCGACGGCUACCUAGCUCCCACCCCUCUCCCUCCUCGCCUCCUCCUUCCUGCUCCGUUCCGUUCAUUGGGGAGGAUCCAAGAAAGCCGGGAGACAGGGAGCGCGCGGCGAUGGGAGGAAGGGGCGCGAUGCUCGCGGCGGCGGUGGUGGUUCUUGCGGCGGCGGCCGGCGGCGUUGAGGCGGCGGCGGAGGCGGCGGCGAAGGGGAGGUACCACGCGCUGUUCAACUUCGGGGACUCGCUGGCCGACGCCGGCAACCUCAUCCAGAACGGCACCCCGGACUUCCUCGCCACCGCGCGCCUGCCCUACGGCCAGACCUACUUCGGCAGAGCCACCGGCCGCUGCUCCGACGGCCGCCUCGUCGUCGACCACCUCGCGCAAGAGUUCGGGCUGCCGCUGCCGCCGCCGUCCAAGGCCAAGAACGCUAGCUUCGCGCACGGGGCCAACUUCGCCAUCACUGGCGCCACGGCGCUCGACACGCCCUACUUCGAGGCCAAGGGGCUCGGCGCCGUCAUCUGGAACUCCGGCGCGCUCAUGACCCAAAUCCAGUGGUUCCGCGAUCUCAAGCCCUUCUUCUGCAACUCCACCCAGGAAUGCAAGGAGUUCUUUGCCAAGGCGCUGUUCGUGGUCGGUGAGUUCGGCGGCAACGACUACAAUGCGCCCCUCUUUGCAGGGAAGGGCAUCACGGAGGCCUACAAGUUCAUGCCGGAUGUCAUCCAGGGCAUAUCCGACGGCGUCGAGGCAUUGAUUGCUGAAGGGGCAGUGGAGCUGAUUGUGCCUGGGGUGAUGCCCACCGGAUGCUUCCCGGUGUACUUGAACAUGCUUGAUGAAGCGGCCGACGGGUAUGGCUCCCGCAGCGGGUGUGUCCGUCGGUUCAACACAUUCUCUUGGGUGCACAAUGCACAUCUCAAGGCUGCACUUGAGAAGCUCCGGGUUAAACACCCCAAUGUGAGGAUCAUAUAUGGAGAUUACUACACACCAGUCAUCCAGUUUGUGCUCCAGCCUAAGAAGUUUGGAUUUUACAAGCAACUACCUAGGGCAUGUUGUGGGGCUCCGUCGACUCCUGAGAAAGCCGCUUACAACUUCAAUGUGACGGCCAAAUGUGGCGAGCCUGGUGCAACUGCAUGUGCUGAUCCAACGACCCACUGGAGCUGGGACGGCAUUCACUUGACGGAGGCUGCUUACCGCCAUAUCGCCAAAGGCUGGAUAUAUGGCCCCUUCGCGGACCAACCGAUCAUUCAGUCCUCGUGAGCACGCCAUUCUGUUGUAGAGUGUAUCAAAGUGGCGCGCUGAAAAAAUGGAGUAGGGAAAGUAGUUCUUCCAUACGGUUCCAAUGUUGCAUACAUGUAUAUCUCCAUUUGAUUGAAUUCGUUGAUGUGGGGGUACAAAGGGUGGUAUAGGGGCUGCCAAAAGCUUGAUUUCUUGACUUGUCAGGUGGUAUAAAUAUGAAAAAUGUAACACACAGAUGAUCAUGUAUAUUGUGUUCAAGAAAUGUGAUACAGACUGUCUUUUUUAGCA